AUGAGAAGUUUGCAGAUGCUGCGGGACGAGUUCCGUCAGAACCCGGUGGACGUGAUGGCGGCGGUGGGCGAGCCGGCGGUGCUGGAGUGCCAGCCCCCCCGCGGUCACCCCGAGCCCACCGUCUCCUGGAGGAAGGACGGCUCGGCCGUCAGCGGGCGGGACCAGCGCGUCACGGUCCGCAGUGGGAAGCUGAUGAUCACCAACACGAGGAAGAGCGACGCGGGGAAGUACAUCUGCGUGGGCACCAACAUGGUUGGCGAGCGGGAGAGCGAGAUCGCCGAGCUCACGGUCUUAGAGCGGCCCAGCUUCCUGAAGAAGCCCAGCAGCCUGGUGGUCCUCGAGGACAUGAGCGCUGAGUUCAGCUGCAUGGUGCGGGGGGACCCGGUGCCCACGGUGCGCUGGAGGAGGGACGACGCAGAGCUGCCCAGCGGCAGGUAUGAGAUCUCGGAGCAGCACACGCUGGUGAUCCGCGGCGUGCGCCUGGCGGACGAGGGCUCGUACACGUGCGUCACGGAGAACAUGGUGGGACGCAGCGAGGCCUCCGCCAUCCUGGUCAUCCACGUGCCCCCAGACUUCGCCCUGCACCCCAGGAACCAGGUGGCGUCGGUGGGCAGGACCGUCACCUUUCAGUGCCAGGCGUCUGGAAGUCCCCAGCCCGCCAUCUUCUGGCAGAGAGAGGGGAGCGAGAGCCUGCUGUUCUCCUCCCAGCCCCCGCAGCCGUCCAGCCGUCUGUCCGUGUCUCCGUCCGGCAGUCUGACCAUCAGCGACGUGCAGCGGGCCGACGCGGGCCUCUACAGCUGCCAGGCGCUCAACAUCGCGGGCAGCGUCAUCACCAAGGCCCAGCUGGAGGUCACCGACCUGGUGUCGGAUCACCCCCCUGUGAUUCGCCGCGGCCCCACCAAUCAGACGGUCCCCGUGGACAGCAAGGUGCUGCUGAUCUGCGAAGCCUCCGGAACUCCAACUCCCACAAUCCACUGGAGGAGGAACGGCGUGCCCGUGUCCCUGCUGGAGGCCUCAACGAGCCUGGUGGACUCGGGCUCCCUGCAGCUCACACACACCAAGGUGGGAGACAGCGGCUCCUACACCUGCGUGGCGUCUGGUCCCAGCGGGGAGGCCACCUGGACGGCCUACCUGGAGGUGGAAGAGUUUGGCGCUGAAGUCGCGGCCGGCCCCCCCCUCAACCCCCUGCUGCUUCCCGCCGCUCCGUCCAAACCGGAGGUCACCAACAUCAGCCACAGCAGCGCCUCCCUCUCCUGGAGGACCAGUCACAACGCAGGGUCCACGCCCGCCUCCUUCCUCGUCGAGGCCUUCAGCCACGCGUUGGGCAGCAGCUGGGUGACGCUAGCGGAGCACGUGCGGACCCCCGGCUGGGUGCUGACGGACCUGAGGCCGGGCACCGUGUACCUGUUCCUGGUCCGCGCCGCCAACGCCCACGGGCUCAGCGACCCCAGCCCCAUCUCCGACGCCGUCCGGACCCACGAAGCCCCGCCCAGCCUGCAUGGGGUGGACCCCCGGCAGGUGCAGAGGGAGCUGGGAGACAUGGUGGUCCGCCUGAACCCCCCCACCACCCUCUCCUCCUCAACGCUGCGGCUGCAGUGGACGGUACGGACGGGAAGAAACCCCCGGGGCCAUGCGUACACCAAUAACGAGGUCAUCUAUCUGUGGACCAAGGGGGACGAGAGGUCCGUCUCGGUGGCGGAGGACGGCUCCCGGCUCAACCAGUACGAUCUACUGGGCCACGAGUUUGGGAAGGAGACCAUAAGCUCCAGCACAGGCGAGUACGUCGUGAUGACCACCUACUUCCACCUGAAGAGGAAGAUCGGUUACUUUGUGAUCCAGACCUACCUGCCGUGCAUCAUGACCGUCAUCCUGUCCCAGGUGUCCUUCUGGCUCAACAGAGAGUCCGUUCCCGCCCGCACCGUGUUCGGCGUCACCACGGUGCUCACCAUGACAACGCUGAGCAUCAGCGCUCGGAACUCGCUGCCCAAGGUGGCGUACGCAACGGCCAUGGACUGGUUCAUGGCCGUAUGCUACGCCUUCGUCUUCUCCGCCCUCAUCGAGUUCGCCACCGUCAACUACUUCACCAAGCGGAGCUGGGCCUGGGACGGCAAGAAGGAGGGCAUGGAGAUACGGGUGAGCCCCCGCCCCGACCACGGAGACAUCAACGAUGUUCACCUUCACCUCAUGCACCGUACAGAUCAGUGUUCACCUUCAGCUCAUGCACCGUACAGAUCAGUGUUCACCUUCACCUCAUGCACCGUACAGAUCAGUGUUCACCUUCACCUCAUACACCGUACAGAUCAGUGUUCACCUUCACCUCAUGCACCGUACAGAUCAGUGUUCACCUUCACCUCAUGCACCGUACAGAUCAGUGUUCACCUUCACCUCAUGCACCGUACAGAUCAGUGUUCACCUUCACCUCAUGCACCGUACAGAUCAGUGUUCACCUUCAGCUCAUGCACCGUACAGAUCAGUGUUCACCUUCAGCUCAUGCACCGUACAGAUCAGUGUUCACCUUCACCUCAUGCACCGUACAGAUCAGUGUUUACCUUCACCUCAUGCAGUGUUCAGAUCAGUGUUUAGUGCUCACCUCAUGCAGUGUUCAGAUCCGUG